UUAAAUGUUGAAUACUGCACAUGCAGCUCACAUUUCAUAAUUGUGUACGGACCAGAAAUGUCUAUCACUCGUGAACUAAUUAUGGUUUACAACAAAACACGAUUGUUUUGUAAACCUGUCGUUUCUUUUAGAUCAUUCCGUUGCAAUUCACGUAUUGUACAAAAAACAUUUACGCAUGAUAAAUUGUUUAACAGUACAUCACGUAAUAGAACAUUUGCUAUACACGACCAUUCAACUUUGCAUUUCUCAAUUCCAAUAUUUCUUAAAAGUAAUUUUAAUACCAUGUCUGAAGGUGACCAAAAAUCUCUGAAAGUUUAUUAUAAAGAUAUUUUAGAGGCUCAGAAAGAUGAUAGUGUACUGAUCAUUGAUGUCAGAGAACAAAGUGAAGUUGAUCAAACUGGAAAAUUGCCAGGAAGUAUUCAUAUACCAAUGGGUGAUGUUACAAGAGUAUUGAAUCUUUCUGGAAAGGACUUUAAAGAUAAAUUUGAUAAAGAAAAACCGUCAAAGGAUACAAGAAUUAUACUAAGUUGCUAUUCUGGUAAAAGAAGUGAAAUGGUACAGAAAGAAUUACUAAUGCAUGAAUAUCAAAAUGUACAGAACUAUGUUGGAGGAUGGUCAGAUUGGGAAAGUAAUCAAAAGGUGUAGAUUUUUUGUACAUAAUAGUCAACUCUUAUCUAUUUAGGCAUACUUACACGUAAAAUAUUAUUAAUCAUUGAAAAC